AUGCUGACCAUCGACGCCUCGGUCCACGGCUCUAGCGGCAGUCUAGUCCGGUUCAUCCCUCCCGUGCUCUUCCUCUCACUCCCGAUCUGGGUCUGCGCCUUCUCCUCUUGGCCCGGGCCGCCGCUCGCUCUCGCCCUCGCCGUCGUCGCGGUGCUGCCGCGCCUGCUGUGGCAGCCGUCACAGCCUGCCGAGGGCGCGCGCUUUCUGGUCGCAAGCGCGCUGUACCAGAACUUUGUGUACCCUUGCUUCUUCGGAUCGCCGAUCCUGCUCGCCGUCGCCUGCUGGCUCCGGCCGCUGGCAUUGUGGCUCCUCUUUGCGCGCGUCCUUUCACGGCCUGACCUACGCAGCGGGAUGCCCUGGGAGGACUUUGCCAAGCACGACUGGGGCAUCGUUGCGUUGCGGCGCUUCCUGCGGCUGAGGCUGCACGUGAGCGAGGAGCUGCGCUCGCGGCCCGCGCUGCUCUACGACGCCCUGCCUGGCCGGCCCGUCUUCACGCUCGCGGCGUCGGUGCUCUUCGCGCUGCCGCUCGUGCGCGAGCUCUGCCUCUGGACGCGCUGCAUCGACGCCAGCAAGCGGGUGAUCCCUGGCGGCGAGGCGGAGCAGAUGCUCACCCGCACCGGCGUCGAGGAGGUCCUCCUCGCCAGGCGAGCCGGCUUCGUCAAGCUCGCCCUCUCCCGAGGCUCCGCCGCCCCGCCGCCUGUGUGUGGGGCGAGGCGCGUGUCCGAGGACGCGUCCCCGACGUGUGUGCCGUCAGGCGCCGCGCUCGUGCCCUGCUACGCCUUCGGCACGGUCGACCUGUACUCCGUCUCGGGCAGCCAGCACGGUGCCAACUCGCAGGGCCUCCUGUGGACGGUGCACAAGAGGCUCGGCGUCGCGCUGCCGCGGUACUCGGGCUCGUGCGGCUUCUUGCCCAAGCGAGGCGAGGCGGCACCGCGAGCUCCGACGCCCGCAGAGCACACUGCGACCGCCCCACACCCGUCCCUGCUCGAGGUGCACGCCUCCUCGCCCGCAGGCCGCUGUGACCUUGUGUUUGGCGCGCCCAUCGAGGCGCAGUGCGCGACACCGGGCGAGCCGUCGGAGAGCGAGGCGCUCUUCGAGGAACACAAGGGGCGGCUUGGCUACGGAGACCGCGAGCUGCGCGUGGCGUGAGAAGGCCUGCCGGACCAGUGCCGGACGUGCGGAGAGAGGCCGCGCGGGUGGCGCGGGUGUAUCGUCAUGCGAUAUGGCACAUGUGCAGUGUACGGUGCGUGCAGAGAGAAGAGAGAUA